AUCGCAAACCGCCUUCCGCCUUCAACGCCCCUCUCCUUCUGUGGCCCUCUCUCAUUUCCGCGUUGCGUUGCCUUGGAAUUCCUAAUAAACGCCAGGGGAGGAAGAGGAGGAAAAAGAAAAAAAAGAAGGAAAGAGAUCUGGGAGGAGAGAUGGUGAACACGUUCUGCUUGUUUUGCGCGUGCAUCGACCAGGCGAGCGUCGGGGUGGUGGAGAGCUGGGGCCGCUUUCUGAGGCUCGCCGCCCCCGGCCUCCACUUUUUGAACCCCUUCGCCGGUGAAUGCCUCGCCGGCGUCCUCUCCACCCGCAUCUCCUCCCUCGACGUCCGCAUCGAGACAAAGACCAAGGAUAAUGUUUUUGUACAGCUGCUCUGCUCAAUUCAAUAUCGAAUUGUCAAAGAAAAUGCUGAUGAUGCAUUCUAUGAAUUGCAAAACCCCAAAGAGCAAAUUCAGGCCUAUGUUUUUGAUGUGGUACGAGCUCAUGUUCCUAGAAUGACCCUUGAUGAAGUCUUUGAGCAAAAGGGUGAUGUGGCAAAAGCUGUCCUGGAGGAGCUAGAAAAGGUGAUGGGAGCAUAUGGCUAUAACAUCGAGCAGAUACUCAUGGUUGAUAUCAUACCAGAUGCCUCGGUGCGAAGAGCUAUGAAUGACAUAAAUGCUGCCCAACGGCUUCAGCUUGCUAGUGUUUACAAAGGAGAAGCAGAAAAGGUCCUUCUGGUGAAGAAAGCUGAAGCAGAGGCAGAGGCUAAAUAUCUUGGCGGUGUUGGGGUGGCAAAGCAACGGCAGGCAAUAACUGAUGGUCUGAGAGAAAACAUCUUAAACUUCUCUCAUACAGUGUCUGGAACCUCAGCAAAGGAGGUGAUGGACUUGAUAAUGGUUACUCAGUACUUUGACACUCUCAAGGAGCUUGGAAAUUCAUCAAAGAAUACCACUGUGUUCAUACCACAUGGCCCUGGUCAUGUGAGAGACAUAGGUGAGCAAAUUCGCAAUGGGAUGAUGGAAGCAUCAAGCAGUCACGUAGAUAACUAGUGUUUCUACCUUGCUUCUCGUGCAUGAAGACUCAUCAUCAUGGACCUGCAAAGUCGCACGAUUUUUGGAGAUACGUCUAAGUGAGUUAAAGUAGUAGUUGUUGCGUUACCAGAAAAAAAGCAGUUGUCGCAGCUGUUGCUAUGUUUUUAUUUCUACAUGGGAUUGUCAACAUUUGAUCAUUUGUCAAACUGGAAAUGCUCAAGUUUGAAGUUGUAUAUAUUAAUAAACAAAGAUGCACUUUUUCCCUUAUUUGGAUUGAUUCAACUACUUAUUGCACAGACUGAAUCAGACGUUUGGUGUUCUCAGCAAGCAUGAGGAUUGGACAAUAAUCUUUUGAGCUAGA